GCAAGGUCACUCCACAGAACAGGUAUGCUCUUAUCGACAUGGGCAUCUACGCCACGAGAAUUUUCAACUUUGGGAUUCGAGCUGCUUGAUGUAUCGUUUAAAAGUCGAAGAAGAGACAUUGCCCCCAUAUUCUCCUGAAAAGUACUAUCCGGUCCAACAGGGAGAGGUUUUCAACGACCGGUACCAAGUGCUAGCCAAGUUAGGCUAUGGAGUAACCUCGACCGUUUGCUUUGCCCGUGACUUGGUUGAAUCUACAUAUGUUGUACUGAAAAUUUACGUGUUGGGUCAAAAAAGGGAGCAUGAACUGAACGUUUAUAAGCACAUUGACUCUGUGGAAACGGAUCAUCCUGGCAGGAAGUUCAUUCGCAAAAUACUUGGUCACUUUUACGUGCAGGGCCCUAGCGGCCGUCAUAUUUGUCUAGUUCAGGAACCACUUGGGAUGAAUGCGAAUGAACUGCUGCGACACAUCCCAGGCCGGACAAUGACACUCGAGAGUAUGAAAUCUGCCAUCACCGUCAACUCCUUGGGUGUCUUGGACUUCUUGCAUUCUGUGGCUCGCCUCAUCCAUACCGACAUCCAGCUGAAAAAUUUACUUGUUCCUACACCUUCAUCCUCUGCACUUGCGGAUUUUGAAGAGCGUGAAAUAAAAGCUCCUGCAGCGAGGAAGAUCGUUAAAGAUCGGACAAUCUAUACAACCUCGCGUUUUCAUGCAGGAGACGGACUCCCUUUGCUAGGUGAUUUCGGAGAAGCCCGAUUUGGUGACCAGGACAACAUUAUCUUAAAAUCGAACUGGGACUACAAGGUAGAUAUAUGGAGCAUUGCCAUGGUCGCCUGGGAUAUUGUCAGCUCUCAAACCCUCAUCAGGGGUGAAACUAGAGAUGGCAUCUUUGAUGACAGAGUCCACAUUGCGGAACUGGUGGCGCUGCUCGGCCCUCCGCCACGGGAGUUCCUCGAAAAGAGAGACCUGAGUUUGGUAUUCUGGGUUCAAUCUGGUCAAUGGAAAAACUUGGUCCCAAUUCCUGACCGAACUCUUGAAAAUCUGGCUGUCAACAUUCAAAGCGAGGACGUGGAGGGUUUCUUGCGGUGGUUGCGACUUGCCUUGCAGUGGAACCCCGAAAACCACCCAACAGCCCUAGAGCUCCUGAUGGACCCAUGGCUGAUGAAGGGGCUCAAUCUGAAGAAAAAAGAACCCAAGGGCUCCGAGGAAAAGUCUAAGACUUAG